UGAGUGAUUGAUUAGCAAGACUAUUAAUAUGGGGCAUCGGACAAUAACGCGACGCUAUUUACGUGAGAGAGACUUGCUGUUUUCGACAGUAUAACGACACAGUCUUGGCGAAAAUUCUUAGUACAGCAAGUAGAGCAUGUAAUUCCAAAUGCGCACAUGAACAUUCGUCAGCUGUUAGGGCACACAUGUGGCUGUAUGUGUGUAAAUCAGCUGUUAGACGUACGUACGUGUGUGCAAUAGAUUGUCCAUUUGUAAGAUUGGUGAUCACGAGCAGAUGUGCAGUUUCCUAUGUCUAAGUACCCACCACAAAGAAUCCACAAAUAUUCAAUGACAGAUGUUAUGUGCAAUGAUCACCACCGAAUAAAUAUGAAAAAACGACUCUUCAUGGAAACAUAUAAUGACAAGUUAGCAGAACAAGCUUUCCACAGACAAAAAGACUACCAAUAUACAAUCUAGCGAUCUGUGAAUAGGAAGUUAUCAUCACACCAAUCCAUAUUGUAAAUAUAUCUAAAUUCAUCAUCACUGGAUCUUUUGUCUAUUUAUUUAUUUGAUACAUACUGUAAAUUAGCUGAUUAAUAGAAAUAGUCAUUACAUCAUGGCACAAAGCACACUGAGAGGAUCUAAACAUUACAUGUGGGAUGUCACCAAGAUGCUGGGCCAAGGUGCUACAAGUAAAGUCUAUAGAGGCAGGAAUAAGAUCACAGGAGAGGAGGUGGCAGUGAAGGUAUUUACCUCAGCGGCCGCUCUAAGGCCAUUUGAGGUCCAAAUGAGGGAAUACUCCCUUAUGAAGAAGAUGGAUCACAUAAAUAUUGUCAAGAUGCAGGACUUGGAACAAGAGAUUGGAACUGGUAAUAAAGUGAUAAUUAUGGAGCUAUCUACUUGUGGAAGUCUGUAUAAUAUGCUAGACGAUCCAAAAAAUGCUUAUGGACUAGAGGAAACAGAGUUUCUGCUUGUUCUAAACCAUGUUGCAAAAGGAAUGAAAUAUCUUCACGAGAAAGGCAUUGUGCAUCGUGAUGUAAAGCCAGGAAAUAUUCUUUGUUAUAAAGGAGAAGAUGGAAGAUUUGUGUUCAAGUUGACUGACUUUGGAGCAGCAAAGGAAUUGCAGUACGAGGAAGAGCAGUUUGUGUCCUUAUAUGGUACAGAGGAGUAUUUGCAUCCAGAUAUAUAUGGUUGUGCUGUGAUGCGAGACAAGGAUAAGGAGAAAGUCUUUGAUGCCACCGUCGACCUCUGGAGUUUAGGAGUAACAAUUUUCCAUGCAGCGACUGGUCGAUUGCCUUUUAGACCAUUUGGAGGCAGAAAGAACAGAGUAACCAUGUAUGAAAUAACAAAGAGUAAAGAACCUGGCUAUAUAUCGGGAAUACAACAAUCUGAAAACGGCAAAAUCGAGUGGAGUAAAGAACUACCACUUACAUGUCGUCUCUCUCUGGGAUUAAAGAUGUUUCUGACUCCAAUAUUGGCUGGUUUGCUGGAAAGGAAUGACAGAUAUAAACUUUCCUUUGGAAAUUUCUUCACCAAAGUCGACAAGUUGAUGUCGAAGAUAAUCAUCCACACCUUUAGUCCAAAUACGUGGAUGCACAUGAGAAUUUAUAUUGAUGGAAAUAGCAAAAUUACACAACUACAGGACUACAUCGCUGAGCAGAGUGAUAUAGCUAUUCAGGACCAGGUUCUCAUUCAUGAUGGGGAUCUCUUAAAUAACAUUGUCGACAAUAUGAUGUCUGUUACGCACUUUCCAAAAUCUGUGUUUAGUGAAAAGACUCCAAUAUUUGUGUUUACGAAACAUUCUGAUGACCAAAGGGCAUUUCCCAAAUCAUGGUGUCCAGACUUCCCUAAGUUUGGCAAUAGUAUUAACAUAUCCAAUGACCAUCAGAUGGCUAAAAUGUGCUGUGGAAUUCACUUCUUACUGUGCAAGGAAAUGGGACGUUAUCACAUGCAGAUGGACUUGGAACGACUCAGUGUUCAGAGUUACAUACACGAACUGAAGCAUGAAUGUUCCCAUUUGUUGAGUUAUGACAGCCGACUAAGAGAUCAUUGUGCUACCGACCUUACCAUGCUGAACAACUUUAUUCAGGAAUCACAGCAGAAGAUCUUAAUACUGUCAGCAGUACACACUGUAGAGCCGUCAAAGCUUGUGGCCCUACAGGAGAAAACCAACGCCAGGAUUAGGGAAUUACAAUCUACAGCAGACAAUAUAAGACAUGAACUGAAAAGGACCAAGAAAGAUUUGUCAAAUUAUCAGGAGAAAAUCAACAGAAAAGAGCUUGAACGGAGUUGGGACAAUGCCAUUGGCUGUAACAAUGAAGGGGAUCGAUGCAAAGAGAGGCAAGAAGUAACAGUGGAAAUAAUACAGAGGAUCGUCCGACACUUCAAGGAGCACCGACAAGCUCAGUACCUCAGCAGAACAGAAGAAGACAUCCAUGCUUUUGAAAGAAAUCAGUUGGAGGAGUUGUGUAUCAAGGCCAAGUCUCUGAUAGAGACGUGUGACAGUCGUGGGCAGAGGCAGUACGAGAUGUUCCACAGAUUCUAUAGCAAAGCUGUGAGUACAAGGGAGGAAAAUGAUUCAUUAGACCGAGCCUUGGCAUCCCUGGAGAAAAUACGAAUAGAUUUUGAGAAACAUCUCAGUGAGGUAGUGGCAGAACUGGGACAUGACUGUAGGAAGGUGUUGGAAAGUUCACAGACAGAUCCCCUCCGUUCUAGGGGGUCCAAACAGAACCUUACUAAUGGCAUUGAUAGGGACACACGCAGAAAUCUGCUGACAGAAGCUAAUAUUAGUUUGAAAAGUGGUUUUGAAGAUUUAAAAGGGGAUAUACAGAGGAAUAAUGACUUGCUGAAAAUGAGUGGUGAAAUUCUGGAGGAAUUGAAAAACACAAGUCCACCUCUCAUUCUAAACGGUGGACUGGAAAAGAGUUCAGGUUAUGGAUGAAGUGCUGCGUACUGAUUACUGAUGGAGAAUGAUACCAAAUCAGCUAUGAUUAGCUAGAUCACAUGAACAAUAAUCACUUGGCGAUGAUGCCUGAUCAUGAAGCAGUUAUAUUCUACCUGAUAUACUGCUGAAACCUGCUAGUGCAUGGGUUAUAGACAAUCAAGAAAGAGCCCUGCUGCAUCGUAGUUGAAAAUACAUUGAAAUGACAAACUGAUACCUGCAGGUCGUUGAUAUUUCAAUAUCAACUUUGGAAUGUAUGAGUAUUCAAAGGUUUUAUAGAAGUGUAUAGUCACAUUUUUUUUAUCAGCAUUGGGACUAAUCUUAUACAUACCAAUGUACACACAUGUAUGUAAGGACCUUGAGUUACAGCUGUGCCACACCUUUGUGGCUGUAUAUAGAGGUUUGGGUGUCUUAAACCAUGGAGUGUUUUUCACUUUUAAACAGACUUUCUUACGUAUAUACCUUUGGUAUUUGGUUGUGCUGUUUACUCAGAGGAAAGUCUUUUAGGACAUUAUUAAACAAUAAAUCACGAAAAAUGAGUGAAAAUCUGCUUUGUUGUGUUGAGCAGUAGCAAAAUGUCUGAUGCCAGGAACCCUGGGCAGCUUUUGACUGAAAUUACAUUUUAAAAAUGACAUGGGGUAUACAAAAGGCAAAUUUAGACCUGGUUUUAGAGCCAUGGCCAGACAAAUGAUUGAAAAACUCGCGUGUUUGUUAAUAUUUAGAUAAUUAUGGUGUACAAUAUAAAAGUAAUUAAGAGAUCAGUAUGAAAAUAUUGGAUUGGUGAAGAUUGUUUCUAGAAUGUAUAGGGCCAGGUCUUAAAGUUACGUAAUGAAGCGAAUUACAAGACCUACAUGUACCUGCAUGUAGAAAGAUAUUGUCAACAAUCUCUACAAUCUCAAAGUAAAAAAUUCACAGGACAAUUUGUUCUUUCACUUCUGAACAUUUAAGAUUCAAAGAUUGGUGUUUGAUAUACAUAUUGAUAUGUAUGACCGGGCACCUCAUGACCCAAAGUUUGAGAACUUAAAUCUUUACAAGAGAAAGCAUCGCACAAUUGAUAUAUGAUUAACCAUUGUGUUGCUCUACCCAAGACGACAGUAAGGAUGUCAAAAUGUUAUCAAGAAAUGUUAAUGAUACAAAUCAUGUACAUGUAUAUUACAACUCAAAACUGUUAUAAUUCAAUGCUACUAAUACCAUGAAUAAAAGACAUAUGACAUCAUCAUAGCAUAUGCAAACGGUUUAUUAGGAAAGUUGAAAAAUAUCUGAAAUAUUAACAUAGAGAUGGAAGUGCUUGUCUAUUGAUAUUUCUUGAAAAUUGUGUGGAGAACAUUUGUGGAAAAAUUGAAUAAAAAAAAAGGCUAUCAGAGUUACUUCCCUUCGUUCCACUCUGUCGUAUUGACAGCCGAGCGCGAUGGGAACAAAAAAAAAGUAGGAUAUCCUUAUUGGUAUAUUAAUAACAACUCAAAAUACUGUAAUGGGUUAUAAGUAUGAUAAAUACGGUAAUAGAGUACCUCGGUUUUGUUUUAAUAGUGAAACAAAUACUUGAACACGGAAAAUAAAUGUUGUGUGUGUCCUCGUGUAUUAACAUUAGUGAUUAUGUCACAGAAGUACUUUGUUGUAAAAUAGAAAGUCCAAGAAAAUGUGUGCCGUAAAAUAUACUGUAUAUUGUAGUCCCUAUGCUUCUGCAAAAAGGAAUAUACUGUAAGGCGAAACGGACACUGAGGAAGGAUUAUGGUGUAAGAUUGAACAAUAAAUAGAAAAUCUUAUUUGUUUGGGUAUUUUGGAUUGACAAAACUUACUUGAAAUUAUUUCUAAAUACAUUGUAUUCGUCGAAAUUACACAAUAAUACACAAAAUAUUAAUUAAAUAAAAACGUAUGAAAUUUACACGUUAUUAGAAUAUGUUGAGAUUUAAAAUACAAGUCAUUACAUGUGAAAGGGCAAUAUUAAUGCAAAAAGGCGCAUUGUUUGUAGACCAUUAUGGUAAUAGUCGCCAAAUAUAUUGUACAUAGUUUGUACAAUGCUAUAUGAGAAUGCUUAAUACAGCGGCAUGGGCUGUUAACUUAUAUUUGUAAGUAUUGGCACUUACCAUAAAACGGGACGAUAUUACAAUAAUGUACAUUCAAAGCAAUUAAGUUGUCGAAAAUUACUGAUUUAUGUGGUGUUUUUUUGAAAGUAGAAACCACUUUGAACGAAACAUUCAAGCUCAGUAUUUGAAAAAAAAGAUAAAUGCACAGUUAGGAUACAAGAACAAAAUAGCAGAUUGUAUAUUUUGACGAAGUUUCUUAUUUUGAUAAUGUAACUUGCUAGGAUGAAACGUCAGAAAUGUGGACCUUAUGUACAGUACUUUUUAACAUAAAGACGUCAUUGUUGAACUUUUUCUGUCUGUGUGUAAAUAACAAUGAUAAACUUUACAAAAUGAAGGUGUGGUACAUUGAGUAUAUACACAUAACAAAAAGGUCAGCUUAAGACGUUAUAUUUUGGCUAACCUUUCCUUUGAAUUAUGUUAUUAAUGUAUACAUGUAUGUAGGAGUGGUCGAUUUAACUCAUAAAAUCAAACUACUAAUUUUGCUAUCAAAUUAACAUUAAGAGCAAUCCUUUUCAAGUACUUAUUUAUGACAUAUAGGCUACACUACAAUUAAUCCGAAGGUUUCUGAGGUUUUGUCGGCCCUUUAAAAACCAAUGUUCAAUUUUAAAAAGGCCAGAUUACACUAGUUUACAAAUUAUUUAGUGAUCUAUUGUCGGUAUAUAACAUCAAGUUUUCUAAACUGAAUGAGUAUCUACAUGUAGAUUAAGAAACACAAGAUAUUUGGUAUCUGAGGUAACACUGAAGGAAUAUCCCUAAUCAAGAAACAACUACCACCGAAACUUUAUGUACUUCGUGUAUGAUAUUCCACAACAUUUUGUGACAUCUAUCUAUUUAGUAGUUUAAGUCGGAAGUCGAUGAAACGUUUCCAGAAAACUAAGCCUCAAUAUGGAGCAGCGCUUCAGUAAAGUCUCAAUAUAUCGUAUCUAGAGAUACAGUGCACUACAAGCGUCUGCUUCUGGUUAGUAUUUAUUAAAAAAAAAUAUUGGCCCUUACUACCACAUCUAGGGGCUAAUAUUUUCUAUUAAUACUUACCAGAAGCAGACUCCUGUGAGUGCCCUAACACGGAGUUAGAAUUGAGUUGAAUUGAAUUAUCUAGCACGUAAUUAAUGUGUUUCCAAUCAGAGUUUUGGUUAUGCGAACUAAUAUUUGUUUGCGACUGUCCGAUAUUUGGUUAGUCACUCAGAUAUUAACAAACUAGAGCAAGAUUUAUCAACACCAAUACAAUGAACUCUCAGAUGUAUGUGUAUCAGUGCGAUACCAUCUGGUCAUUGUUGUGAAUAUGUGAUGUGAUGGAAGUAAUAACAAUAAAACGAAAAUAUUUCAAACGGAA